UUAAAGGGCCCGUCCAUUUGGAUGUUAUUAUGUCGGAGUGAACUAAACAUGGCUGUUGGUGUAUUCGUCGUGAGCUUCAUCUUAGGUUCUCCGUUCAUACCUCUCGUUUAUCUGAUUGUUCCACCAAAGACACCUGUUUUAUCAGGGUUUGAACCUGCUGCUAUCGGCUCGUACCGUGAACUCGGCUGCGAUGCGUCUCAACCUGACGCGGGGACCAUCACCUAUAAAUGGUAUAAAUACUCGAUGGAUAAAGGUGUACAGGACUGGGAGACUAAAGGACCCAUUGGUACAAGCCAGAAAUACGUCUUCAACCCAGUGACUGUGAAGAAAGUGUUCCCCACAGGUAUCACUCAAGAGCCUGUCAGUGGCAAGUACCUGUGUCGAGCAUCGAACUCAGCCGGAACACGAGACAGCGAUUGGGGAGAUCUGUAUGUCUAUACACCAUGUUCAUUGUAUAUUGUGAGUGUUUAUCCACCCAAACCUGCCAUCGGAAGUACAUUCACCCUCAACUGUUACAUACCCAAUCCAAGCGGAGUGACUGUGACGUGGUCAAAGAGGGCUGAUGCUUCAUCUGCUGCUCCAGAAGUAGCAGCAGCGAAUAAGAAGGGAUGCCAUGCUCCAAGUAACCCACGCUACAGUUGGAGCAGCUGCAUCCCACCAAGCAUCUCAUCACCGACAAAGACAUUCAAUCUACAAGUCACCAAUGCUCAGCCUGCUGAUUCUGCUUACUGGAUUUGUCAGGAUAUUUUUCUUAACUGCAACAGUAACCCAGUCAAGCUAGUAGUGCAAGCGCAUCCAGGCACGCCACAGAUCACCGGUUUCCCAUCAGGACCAGUCACUGCUGGAACACAGCUCAACUUGAAGUGUGUGGCCUCGCCUCCUGGAGAUACCUACGAUUGGUACAAAGAUGGCACAAAGGUUACAACAUCAUCGAGUUACGACUUCCAAGUGACAAAGGAUAGUGCUGGUGUUUACAAGUGUGUGGCGAGAAAUACUGUCGGGUCUGCUCCAAGCAGUGACAAGACAUUAGUCGUUUAUUACAAGGCUGAUUCCGUGGUCGUGUCAUCGGGUAAGACCUCGUCCCAUGUUGGAGAGAAGGACAAGUUCACCUGCACAGUCUCUGGCGGCAACCCGACCCCGACCGUGAAGCUCUACUUCAAGAGGUCAGGCGGAACACCAGUAGAGGUCACCCAAGGUCAAGACAGGGUGAUGGUCAAAGAAGACAACCAGGCUGAGUACUACUGUGUGGCGAAGGUUACUGGGUAUCCCGCCUUGGAUAUGGCUUCAGGCAUAAAGACAUACAGUGUAAUAUACCCAGCAACUGCUAGAUUAUCAUCAGCCCCGACUACAGUGAGAGAAGGUGGUUCUGUCAUAUUGACAUGUGAAGCAAGCGGGGGUAACCCGACAGUGUACACCUACAUAUGGUAUUAUAAAAGGACACAGAUACCUGAUUUGACUUCAAGAGAAUACAGAAUACUAUCUAUACAAUAUACGGAGGCUGGGGACUAUCAUUGUCGAGUGGUUAACUAUUCGCCAGGGGGCAUAGCCGAUGCAUCUGCGAAGAUUAAUGUUUUUUACAAAGCAAAAUGGGAUCCCAGUCUGCCGAGACUCUUCACCGUUGAAAGCAAACCAUCACGACCAGUCAGGUUUACACUCCACGUCAUCGCCAACCCUCGACCAACUGAUGUUACGUGGUAUCACCCAAAUCACAAGAUGGCAACUGGGGAAAACUUCAUCCCCGCGGACGAAAAUGGGACAUACACACUGAGCAAGGGAUCUGUAGGGACUCAAGACUAUGGGAACUACAUCGUCAAAGUGACUAACUCAGCUGGAGUUUCAUACUUUGUCUUUGAGCUACUUCGGCCAGCUGUUCCGAGUAUCCCCACAUAUACGCUCAUUCGGAAAGAAAAAUUGGUGACCGUGGUGUUCUCGGCGUCUCUGAAGGAGCCAUACACCAAGUUUGAGUUCAAGUUCUGCUUGCCAGGGCAGGCGCCAAACACGACAGGAUGUAACAGGUCUUUCGUCCCUAUCCUAGAUCCUGCAAGAACAAACUACACAAUUCAUGUGACACAUGCGACAACGACUUAUGUUUUCUAUUUGGAUUUCUAUGAUGGGGAUGAUGUUAUUUAUACUUCUGGACCUGUGCUCCCUGAGAAUGCUGGACAAAGCACGACCGUGUCUGCUGGAAGAAGUCCUGUGCUUCCUGAUAAUGUUGGACAACCAACUACCGUGCCUGCUGGAAGUAGUCCUGAUGGUGGCAUGAUAGCUGGUGUGGUUGUAGCCGUCGUCAUAGUUAUAGCUGUGGUCAUGGUCGUGGUUGUCGUUCUACAUAGGAGGAACAUGGCAUGCCUCGCUGGUCGAAAUAAACCUGAGGGAUCGAAAGCGGAUGAUGUGAGAACUGGCACUCCCCAACCUAAAUCCGUUUUUCACGACCCUGUUUACAUGAACGUCGUCAACAGGUCAUUUGAAGGUGACGAUAUUCAACCUGGGCCGGUUUAUGUGAAUGGUCCUAAACAGGUUUCUGUUAAAGAAGUGAUUUACGACGAUACAAAUCUGACCGAGAAGCCAAGUGGCGAAGAUGCUGGUCGGAAAGUCGAAGAUAUGUCAGUCGAAGAUUUCAAACAGUGGCUCCUAUCAAAAUACGUGACAGAAUCAACUUACGAAUGCCUAGCUAAGAACGGGUUCAACGAUGCACGAUUCUUCCUCAUACUACAGCGAGAGGACAUAGAAAAAAUGAAAAUUGAGCCCUUGGCUCAGGAGGCCUUGAUACGUAAAUUGGUGAAGGAUAUCAAUGAUAUCAGGCAGAGUACGAGUGAGAGCAGCGAAGGAAAGAAACCUGGAGGUCCCACAGGCAAGUACCACUAUCAGGCGUGCAAACGUCAGUCUGGGUUGUUGUAUUGAGGGCGGUCACGGCAAGCAUAACUAAAUGUGCGCAACAAGGUUUCAGAAAAAAAAUCGAUUCCUUCCCGGGUUCGAGAACUUGGCGGGCGGUUUUGGAUGGCCGUUUCCUCGGUGUAUACCCGAUCAUGCAUAUCAAGCCCUUGGCUCAGGAGGCCUUGAUACGUAAAUUGGUGAAGGAUAUCAAUGAGACCAGGCAGAGUACGAGUGAGAGCAGCGAAGGAAAGAAACCUGGAGGUCCCACAGCUGGAGAAGAAAAUCCGUAUGAUGAAAUGGAAAAUCAAUAUGCCGCCUUGGACAUCACGCCUGAUGUGACCGCCAACCAGACGUAUGCUGAAUUGAAGCCAUCAGCAUGAAGCCAGAACAUGGAGAAGUGAAGCUGUCACUUUAAAGCGGUUUGUGUCGGUCACACUGAAAAUAGAUAAAAAGCCUUCUGUUACCUUGAUUCAAGAGGUCAACAAAAGUGCUUCCCCAGCAGAUAACUCUCAGAUGAUACAUUUUUCAUGGGAUGUAGACCUGUAUACAUUGUUCGUGUUCCUACUUCAUCAGCAUGGUGUAUAGACAUUAAGAAGCAUGACAUAUAAUCAUGCUCAAGCCGAAAAAUCGAACUCUGUGUCUUGAAGUGGACGAAAAUGGCUUAUUAUGUCUUCCUUUCUUUCAAUUGGUUUCAACUGAAAAUGUAGUACCAGGACUUCGAGCAGCUUACAGCAGAUGAUGAGGAGGUCGUCGCAAAAACAACUUCGGUAUUCAAAGGAAUGCAAUCCAUUUGCACACACAUACAUACUGCUUCAUGUUUGUUCUCCCCCUUUUGUUUCGUUGAGGAAUACGCAUUAUUCAAAAUACGAAAUGUGUACAUGGAGUAAAUAUUUGUCAAAUGAGGUAGAACAUCUCAAUUAAGGACACUUUUGGGACUGACAAAUACUGUCCUAAAUAGGGAGGUGUCCGGAUUAGAUAGGUCAAAUUUAAUGGUAGCAACCAAUUUGAGACUUAAACUAGUGUCCAUAAUAGAGAGGUUGUCCUUGAUAGAGAGCUGUCCACUAAGGAAAGUUCCACUGUACUAAGAUAGCAGUAAUUGGUAUGUUAGCCAAUACGUUUUCCCAUUCAGUAUAUCAAUUUACAUAUUCAAGAAAAAUCGUGUUCAAAAUCAUCAGUUGUGUAUACUUGUCAUCUAUAGUAGUGAAUAAAACUUGUGUGUACAUUAA